AUGGAAAACUCUGUCUCUUCUCUCUCCCUACAUUUCCCACUAAACCACAAACCCAACAUUUUCCAACUCUUCAACUUCAAACCUUCCUCACAAACCCCAACAACCCAUCCAAGAAACCUACCCAAAUUCACCAUCACCAAGAAGAAAUUCGCAGAAGAAGAUGCAUUUCCAUCUUCCUUACCACUCCACAGCAAAAACCCACUUUCAAUUUACAAAGACAUCAAGAACUUCGCUCGCCAAAAUAAACUCAAAGAAGCUCUCACCAUUUUGGAUUACGUUGACCAACAAGGUGAUGCAUUGAAGCUGUUUGAUGAAUUGCCGGUUGAGAGUAGUGUGUAUCCUUGGAAUGCUUUGCUUAGAGGAACUGUGGUUUCUGGGGGGAGGAAAAAACAAUACAUUGAUGUGGUGAAGACUUAUUCGAAGAUGAGGGAAUUAGGGGUUGAGUUGAAUGUUUAUAGUUUCUCUUCUGUCAUCAAGAGUUUCGCCGCUGCUCCUGCGCUUUAUCAAGGGUUGAAGACUCAUGCACUUUUGAUUAAGAAUGGUUUGGUUGAUAGUGAUAUUCUCAGGACUUGUUUGAUUGAUUUGUAUUUUAAGUGUGGUAAGGUUAGGCUUGCCCGUAGUGUGUUUGAGGAAAUUCCUGAAAUGGAGAGGGAUGUUGUUGUUUGGGGAGCUAUGCUUUCGGGUUUUUCACACAAUAGGUUGCAUAAGGAAGUAUUGGAAUAUGUUAAGUGGAUGGUGGACGAAGGGAUAUAUCCGAAUUCAGUUAUAAUGAUGAUUGUUAUGCCUGUAAUCGGAGAAAUUUGUGAAAGGAGGUUAGGUCGGGAAGUUCAUGCUUAUGUAGUGAAGACAAAAUCGUACUCGGAGAGAGUACCGAUUCAAUCUGCUUUGAUUGAUAUGUAUUGCAAGUGCGGGGAUUUGGGAUCUGCGAGGCGUGUUUUUUAUAACUCGCCAGAGAGAAAUGUAGUUUGUUGGACAGCUCUUAUGUCUGGCUAUGCUUCAGAUGGAAGACUAGAGCAAGCACUGAGGUCUAUAAUUUGGAUGCAACAAGAAGGGUUUAGACCCGAUGUAGUAACAGUUGCCACUGCUCUUCCAGUAUGUGCUCAGUUGAGGGCUUUGGAAGAAGGGAAACAGAUUCAUGCUUAUGCUUUGAAACACUGGUUUCUUCCUAACGUGUCUGUAUCUUCUUCGUUGAUGGUAAUGUAUUCAAAGUGUGGCAUAGUUGAAUAUUCUGAAAGACUGUUUGAAGGUAUGGAGCAUAGGAAUGUGAUUUCAUGGACAGUCAUGAUCAAUUCGUACAUAGAAAAUGGAUAUCUGUAUGAAGCAAUUGAUGUGAUAAGGUCAAUGCAGUUGUCAAGAAAUCGACCCGACUUGAUUGCCAUGUCAAGGAUGUUGAGUGUUUGCGGUGGGCUAAAGCUUUUAAAACUCGGGAAGGAGAUUCACGGGCAGAUUUUAAAAAGGGAUUUUGCAUCAGUCCAUUUUAUUUCUGCAGAACUUAUCAAUAUGUAUGGAACUUUUGGAGAUGUUGAUAAGGCAAUCUUGGUGUUUAUUGCAGUACCUGUGAAAGGUUCAAUGACAUGGACUGCUCUUAUAAGGGCUUACGGUGACAACGAAUUUUAUCAAGGUGCAAUUGACCUUUUCAAUCAGAUGAGAUCGAAUGGUUUUUCUCCAAAUCACUUCACCUUUGGAGUCAUUCUAUCUAUAUGUGAAAGAGCUGGAUUUGUCAAUGAUGCAAAUAAAAUCUUCAAUUUAAUGCCUAAAUAUGAAAUUGAGGCAUCUAAGGAACACUUCGAUGUAAUGGUCCGACUUCUUACUCGAUAUGGACAACUAAAGAAAGCUCAGAGAUUUGUACAGAUGAGUUCUUUCUUGUAG